AUCCUCAUGCCCUUCCAAAAGAGCAGCUCCAAGCUUUUGGUAAGUGUUGAAAAACUUUUCCCUCCUCGUUGCACAGCUCUCCCCUGCCCUCUCCUACAUGAUGACAUACCAUAAACCAUACAAACUAGAGUCUUUGACCUUUUGGAAUGAAAACUCGUUUAUCGCACGUCAGUCUGAAAGAACUUUCAGCAUUCGCCGUUUCCCUUUCGAGCUCAAUUGAGACAGAACAAAGUGGCUAACCGAAUACUCAUAGCUUUGAGGGAACUCCCCCUUUCAAAAUAAGCAAUGGCACCCAGCUAUCAACUGCGGCUGUAAUGGUAAGAAUCUCCCCUUCUCAUUCUGUUCCUCUUCUUCCCCCAUGGUGUUAUGAUGAUCAUUUCGUAAACAACAAUAUACGCUGGAAAUUACCGGCUGAGUUAUUCUUUGACGAUAUUAAAUGGCUAUGUCUGACGAUACACCCAAUGCAUUGUUUCUUCUCAUACAUGUUUUAUUCUUCAAAAGUUUUGAGCAUCAGCUAACAAUUGCAACAGUAAAAGGAUAAGGUACGAACCAUAUAUACUCGUCUUCCCCGUCGAAAGUUAUAUGAUGAAGCGGCACUGGGCUCCGAACAAAAUCACAUGAGUCAAGACAAGCCACUUUGCGGCAGGCCUAGAAAACCUCGCCCACUGAUUACAACUUGGACACCUCUUUCCAUUCAGUCAUGUCAUUCCUGUCAGACUUGAAUACUAACAGAGGCUCUGUAGUAGUAUCAUGCUUUGUGUGACCCGUAGAUGUGCCAUCAUGAAGCCAAUGCACCUCAAAAGGUAAGAGACUAUUUUUUUUGAAUUUCUUUUUGCUCCCCUACCCCAUGGCCAUUACAAGAUGAUUCCCUAGAUGACGAGUCUUAUCCGAGUUUUCGAUGCAGACAAAAUCUUUUAUUAAUACCAUUCAUGCAUAACUGAAUUUAUGGCCUUGAACAACAUUUCUUGCAAACUAUACUCGAGUGUUCCAACGCUAACAUGUAUGAAGUGUACCUUGAUUGCUAGGUUAGUCGACCCUCGACAUGCAACCCUUUCCCGCUCGAUCCUCUACUUGAUGAGCAAGAAAAAUGAACAAAAGACAAGCAUAUGUCUGAGCCUCGGCUGCGAAGACGCUUCAUACUUCUAUCUGACAGAGUUGAUCAUUCAACCUACAUGUUGCCAACCUGUACAGUCCUCAAAGGCUAACAACGCAAAAGCCCUUUCCCAGUAUUGUGAUGUACCCAUUGCUGGUCGUCCAACCUUAUGAAUUGCCACUCUAGGUCCCAACUGUGUAAAUUUGUAAAGCUGCCCUGGUGGCAUGCAAUAAUUUAAUAUAUUCAUUAUUUGAUCACUUCUGUUUACUCUGACUUGUAUUGUGAAUGAACCAAGUAUUAUUG